AUGUGGGAUGGUAUUUACAAGACAACCAUGCUGCUUCACGAGCUCCUGGCGUUCGGCGACAAGGCCAUGGACGCAGGCACCCUUGUUACCUUUAAGCUUCUCGGAUGUGUACAAGACGAAGAAGGGGAUGAUGUUUCAACCGCGGCCAGCGCAUUGCUGGGUCUUCACGCCGGAGCUGGCGAUUUGGGUGACGAGUGGUCGCAGUGCCUGCAGAACCCAUGCGAGUGUAAAGCUCCAGAACCUGGUUCAGACGACGAAUGUGAUGUAGUGACCAAGGAUGAAGACGCCGAGCCGGCGGUCACUGCCGGCGACAAACUGUUACGAGAACUUCGCAUUGAAGUUGAGGCUGCAGCUGCUUCAUCCGAAAAAAAGAGACGUUCAUGCCCUCUGUGCCCAUUUCGAUGCUUCCAGGACCCAUCCCGUGUGCGGCGGCACAUUGCAAGCUAUCACGUGGACAGAAAGCAGUUCGUGUGCAGUGGCACCAAGCAGCUGAAACUGUGCUGCGCUCUUUUCGACAACGAUCAGCUUCAGGGUAACAUCAAGGGAUCUUAUCUCAAGCGCAGCGCAGCUAUUCUUCGAGCCACUGUUCGACCGCCUCUACCUACCACAGUGAGCGAAAUCGACAGAGAUAUUCGGCUGGUGUUUACUGGUAAUGGCCCCGAAUAUUGGAGAUUAACGACUGUGCAGGAAUCGAAGAGUAUCAGACGUGUGCGCAAUCUGUACUAUUCGAAAGAGUUCGGUGAGCUUGUGUAUCGGGAGCUGCUCAUGUGCCAUGCGAAGUGCAAAGCUGCAAAGCCCCGAAUGGCAAUGGUCAUUACCGCAAACGGCUCCGAGCUCGCAUCGCUUCUGCCCACAGACGUCAGACAUUGGAACGCAGCUCCCUUCGAUGACAUUGCCGCCCUGCGACGGGUGCUGACAGUGCCGUCUUGGUACGCCACGUGGCGCAAGCGAACCGCCGGAGCAGUCGUUUUGCGCAAGAUCAUGGCCAAGUUCAACGCCGUGGACUCUGAUCUGCCGGCAGAACAUUGGGGCAACUUCUACAGGGGCUACAGCAAUGACGCCAGCGGUGCACUUAGCCAAGCAGAGAAUGUCUGCAGAGGCUUCAUCGAGAGCGGCGCCAUGGCCAAAGCCAAAGCCCGGGAUAUCGUUGAGAACCUGGAUAGCUCCAGGCCGUUUUUGUCGAGAUUCGAGUUCAUCGAGGCUCUAGCUGCCUUAUCUGCAAGCUUUCCCGAGGACAUGAACAGGAAGGUAACAGGUGCUAACAAGCGCGUGGCGCAUAUCCUCUGGUGCGCCACCGAUCCGGAUCGUGCCGCGUGGCUUUUCAACAACAGUCGACGCGUGCUGGCUCUCCUACCGUCGGGAACGUCCUCGAACGAAGCCCUUCACGCUGAGGUGAAGAAUUGGUUCUCUGAGACGCAACAGAUCCACCAAAGCACUCUAUGCCUUAAGCUGCUCAUGUUAACCUUGGGCAAACAGAUCCCACACUUUCUGGCUAUGGCGCACCCAACCAUCAGUCAGUGCGCCAGCAGAGUUCUUCUGGCGCGAGCGGUUGCUAACUCCCCCUGGACGGAUGUCGCGUGGCAGUCCUGGUGCAGUGAGCUAAGCCACGAGGCGCAUGUGGAAAAGGCGGCCCUCCCCUACAACGAGUCACGCACAGAGGAAGUGUCCAAGGUCCGCAGUUGGAACAUGAAGCGGCCGGCCGCCGUGAAGAAGUCUCACUUCAAAAGAACAGUAUUUACUCUCAAGAGACUGUCCAAGCUCCGGACGCAGGGCGCCCGCACCUGCAGGUAA